AUGGCGGAUGUUCAGCAGCAGCAGGUGGUGAAUGCCAUGCUGCAACAGCUGCCACAGCAGCAACGGUCGCAGAUCGAACAGGCGGUGAACAAUUAUCGACAGACCAUGGUGCAGCAAAACUAUAGCACUGAGGCUGUCCAGGAGCAAUCGAAGAAAGCCACUCCCAGUCAGAGUGCUGCGAGUCAGGCGGAUGUGGAUUUGUUGGCAGCACCACAGCCAGUUACAGCCUUGAUUUGGGAGGAGUCCAGCGGUUUGCUCAGCGGCUCUUUGGGAGGAUCUUCUCCUGGUUUGCUAAGUGGCUCCUUGGGAGGUAGCUCCCCGGGGCUCCUCAGUGGCAACUUGGGCGGCUCAUCCGUGGGCGCCCUGUCCGCGCGGCAGGACGGCCAGUUUGGAGGUGCCUCGGCGGGUUGGCUGGGCUCGAAGUUUUGGUGUUCCAUAUGUCCCCUGGGUCUUUUCGGUGGGCGUUACCACGGCGCCAAGCCGAUCGUCAAUGGUCUCCCGGCCGACCAGCUUGAUAAGCCGCACAAGUGGGUGCCAGCUGAGCAGUGUGCCUUUGUGAACCCGCCCGUAGAUGGAGUUCACACCGAGUGCCGUUUCUGUGGGGAAGAGCCUUACACGGGAAUUCACUGCCCUUCCGAUGCCAUCGUACCAUCCCACAAGAAGUGUGAGUUCGACAAUCCACCGAUCAAUACCUACUACUGGGAGCCCGAAUGCACCAAUGGCACCUUAGGCUGUUUGGCGGAUGGCAAAAAUUGGGGUUGUCGCUGGUGUGGCUUUGGAGAUUACUCAUCUGUGACAUGCCCGUCGUCAACGUGCACAUUCGACAAUGAGCCGGUCACACCCUACUAUUGGGAUUCUCUGUGUGAGAUGGGUAUGCUCGGAUGUAAUGCUGAUGGAAUCCAUGUGCAAUGCCGAUUUUGUGAUCACAAGCCCUUCAACUCCGUGCACUGUCCUCCCUCCGCGCGACCGAACUACCAAGACGGUGAAUGCUGGUUUCCGCAGGGGACAGCUCAAAGCUACAAGUGGGACAAGAAAUGCAUGUGGGGAAUCCUCGGUCGCUUGGCAGUGCCGCGCCGUUGCGUCGGUAUUGUGUUUCUCAAAAUGGGGACCACGGGUUUCGGGAACAUGUGGAUAUUUUGA